AUGGAUUGUGGCCGCCCUCCGGCGGCCACGGGCGGAGCGCUGGCCGGCAGGUUCGGCUGCCUCUUCUUCGAGGUCUCCGCCUGCCUGGACUUCGAGCAUGUGCAGCACGUGUUCUAUGAGGCGGUGCAGGAAGCACGGCGGGAGCUGGAGCGGAGCCCCCCGGCCCGCCCCCUCUUCAUCGCUGAGGACAGGACCCCCGUGCACCAGGUGCCGCUCACGGCCCGGCAAGGGCUGGCCGGCUGCACUUUCAACACACUGUCCACCUUCAGCCUGAAGGAGAUGCCUGCCGUGGCUCAGGCCAAGCUGGUCACAGUGAAGUCAUCGCGUGCCCAGAGCAAGCGCAAGGUGCCCACCCUCACCCUCCUAAAGGGCUUCAAGAUCUUCUGAGGCCCAUGCCCCUCCUCGGCAGCCCCGGCAGCAGGACAGCGGCUGGCUUGUGAUGCCGGCCUUUCUCACCGAUGGACUGCUGGCCCCGCCCACUGAUGGACAGCUGAACCUGCCUCUGGCACCAAGCAGAGUCCCCACAUUGAGCCUAAGGCACUGGGUGGGCUGCUGCUGCUUGAUCUCUAUGGUGUCCUUUGCACCUAGGACCCUGGAGGGAAACGGCCAUUGCCACAGCCCAGAGACCUGCCAUAGCAGGAAGAAACUGUGUCCAUUCUGCUGCCGUAACUCUAGCCAGGCUAGCUGUGUCCCAUGGUAGAUGGACAGUUCCCAGAGGCCCCAGGAGGGGCGGCCUAGGGGUCGUGGCGCCACCUGGUGGGAGGCAGAGGCAGCGCAACUGCUUAGAAGUAGGAGCCUGACCCUGCUAUCCUCUUCUGACCUCACAGGAUACGCGGGUAGUGACCCCAGUUUAUUCAAGGAAGAUCUGCUUAAGAUAAUUCUGCGGGGCCGCUGCACAGGCAGGGGCUCCGGGUCGGGUAUUCCCAGCGCUUCCCCUUUCAGGGAGGGGAGAAGAGAACCUCCAGUGGGCUUUCAUCAGGAUUCAGGGUCUUCUUCCCCACUUUGCUAAGGACUGUGUGCACACCCUCAGGACCAGGUCCUCAAGUCUAAUGACCAAGGCUGCAGAACACAGUGUCCUCUCUGGUUUCAGGAGAGCCCACAGAAGGCAGGGUCGCAUGCCACCUGGCAGCCACCAAUGCCGGCUCAGACAGGAACGGUGUAAAGCUUGUAACAGGGUUUGGCCGGACAUGUGACCUUCAGCAACAGAUCUGAGCUUUCAAAGCCCAGUUUUUUUUUCUUCUAGCACUGGGGAUUGAACCCCGGGCCUUCACACUGAGCUAUAUCCUCAGCUAUUUUAUUUUAUUUUGGGAAACUAAGUUGUCUAGGCUGGGCUGAAAACCUGGGAUGCUCCUGCCUCAUCCUCCCAGAGAACUGAAAUUACAGGUGUGUGCCACUGCGCCCAAGCCAAAGUCCACUUUGGUGAGACAGAACCUGAAGUAUGUCGGGCUAAUAGAGCAAAGUUUUGCAUAGAUUCUAUGGUGUCCCCCUUAACAGCUUAUGCCACAACAUCAUGGCUCAGAUGGAGCCGCAGGUUCCUCCCACUGUUAGCCAGAGGAGCCUCUGGCUUCCUGAAGGGCUGGGAAGGGGAUUCUGACUCCAGAAUCCUGCUUCCUUCCAUGUCAGUGCCCCAUUCCAGGAGCUUGGACUCAAAAUCCCCCUAACCCAGCCUUCAACCCAUUCUAUGGAGGGAGAAGCUAAGGCCAGAGGGAGGCUGUGAACCAUUCCAGGCCACCCGUGGAGGGUCCCUGCCAGGCUUCCCGAGCCCUAGGCUGCUAGGGGUUUUGCACUUUUCUUCAAGCCACUUGUGUGUUUGUGUAUAUGUGCGUGUGUAUCACAGCCACUUGAACAGUCUGUGCACUUCCCACUGCCCACUACCAGAAGCAUUUUUAAUAAAAGAUUUUUUUAACUAUCA